GAAGAAACGGGAAAAAGGGCCAAAACGAAAACCCGUCGACAAAAGCUUCCCAUUUUUUCCCUUUGCAAAACGGGUGAUAACGCAGGAGUCAAGAUCCGUCGGCUGUCGCGUCCGAGUCUGCGUGCGCGUCCGACUUUUCAAAGGAAGCUUCUUCUCCUCCUCCUCCUCCUUCUUCCCCUUCUCCCCCUUUUUCUCUCUCGUGUUUCUUUGAUUCAUCGUCACGAGGAGAGAGAGAGAGAGAGGGAGGGAGGAGUAGAAAAACCAGUUCUUGGAAGAAAACGGGUAGAGAGAGAGCGGGGGAGUGGACAAAGAAACCAUAACCAGAAAAAGAGGACAUGUCUUUUUAAUGCGGGUAGGUCGGACGUGGUCUCUUUUCGUUGUCUCUUUUGGGGGCCUAAGCGUGCGGAGCUCGUCUUCCCCGUAUAUAAAAAGCUCUCUUUUCAUGUGAAGAAGCUCCGACCCUUUCGUAAAUCACGAGCGCACGACCCAUUAAUGUUCGACGAGGGCAAAUGGCGUUUUACGAGCACCCAUCAUCGCCUCGGCCUCGGUUCCAUCUGCCAUCGAGUUCCGUAGCCGCGGAUCUCGUCGAGAGGGUCAGAGAGAUGUGCAGCGUGGCGGUUUCUGCGGUUCUGGGCAACGUCUUCUCCGCGAUCUUCACGUUUUUCUUCGCAGUUGUGGGUACCUUACUUGGAGCGAUGACUGGAGCUUUGAUCGGCCAAGAGACAGAGAGCGGAUUCAUUCGCGGUGCCGCUGUUGGAGCCAUUUCUGGGGCUGUCUUCUCUAUUGAAGUCUUUGAGUAUUCUCUUGUUCUCUGGCAAUCAGAUGAAUCCGGUGUGGGGUGUCUGCUCUAUCUGAUCGAUGUCAUUGCAAGCCUUUUAAGCGGCAGACUUGUUCGUGAGCGCAUUGGCCCUGCAAUGCUGAGUGCCGUGCAAAGUCAGAUGAGUGCUGUGGAACCAAGAUUUGAGGAGGUUCGGAACAUUUUUGACACUGGCGGCAACGGGGCACGAGGUUUGCCUGGAGAUUCAGUCGAAAAGAUACCCAAAAUUACGAUUACUAAUGAAAAUAAUGUCGAUUCUUCUGGGGAGAAGGUCUCUUGUUCAGUGUGCCUUCAGGACUUUCAGCUUGGAGAGAUGGUUCGGUGCUUGCCUCAUUGUCGUCACAUGUUUCAUCUACCUUGCAUCGAUAAGUGGCUCAUCAGACACGGCUCUUGCCCGUUGUGCCGAAGGGAUCUUUAAUUUUGUAAAUUCUAUAACAACAAAAGGGUAGCUAUCUUCAUCCUCUGCGCUGAUUGUCUUCAGUGCUUGUUUUGGAUUGACCCUUUAACAAGGCAGUGAAUAGGUCCGAGUUUUGUAGAGUUGCUCUGGUAGUGUCAGCAUGCUAUAUACCCUGACCAUUAGAUGCUUUUGGAUGACUCUUAUGUACAGAAUUUUGAUCUCCUACUCUAAUUCUUAUGGUAUGUGAAGAUCUCCCUUUCCCGAUGGUUGAGAAAAUCAUGUAUUGAAAGAUGAACCUGGAUAGUGAGAUGGCGGUGCAUGAAAUUUGAGUACCUGCUUUAUUAUGUAGUUUUGUGUGUUGAGAUUCAAUACUCGUGCACUUUGAAAUGUUCGAUUUAGAGGUUCGUUGGAAUUACUUCAUGUUACAAGAGCCAUGGUGCA